AUGAAGAUUCUCUGGCUCGCUGCAGCAGCCGUUGUUCCGCUCAGCCAAGUCUCUCUGGCAAAGAGAGCCGGCUCUCACACAGCUACCAUCUCUCAUCCGCAAGCAACAAUUAUUGGAGAUGAAAAACUUGGGGUCGAGGUUUUACCCAGUAUCCCAUUUGCCAAACCUCCUGUUGGACCACUGCAUCUCAAAUCACCGCAGCUGAUCGCGGAACUUCUGGGAAAUAUGAAGCUAAAAGAAUGA